AUGCCCACAGUGACUCCUAUCGCUGUUGGCAUUCCCAACCUGUCCACAUUGACAGAAGUAACCGAGUCCAACCAGCCAUCUGGGAUGGCUUUGCCGGGGAUCGUUCUCAAUAUGGCAUCAGCUCUGGCUGUUGCCCUGUUAGAAGAUCAGAAGCUUCAGCAUGAAGCUUUGACCGAAUGUGGGACUUCGUUCCUUGCCAGCAGCGUGCACAUUCACGCGAGUUCAUUGCCCAAGGGCAGUAGCUCCUGUGAGGGUAGCAGGCUGGCCACACCCUAUGAAUCAGCCCCUGCAAAUACUAGGUCUCCUGGGUCAGUACGAUCUGUCAGAACUGGAGCAUCAUCUCAAGUUAAAGAGAUCAUCACCUCCAUGUCCAGUGCUGAGCUAAUGAAAGCUGCAGUCAAGCAGCAAGUGAGGAAACAAGGUGAGGAAGUUUCAGUAUCGUCUGAUGGAGAUGAGGAGGCUGAACAACCAUCCACCACUCCCGGUGAUACGCCUGGUAUCAGGCUACCCAUAGAUUUUGUGAUUUUACAUCAGUUUAUGCAAUCUACAAGCGGUACAGAGGGCUACAGUGGAGGCUUCGUGCUGGUAGCUAAAUACUACAUAAAGAAUGAAAGCACGGCAGUACAGAAUGGACUUAGAAAUGACAUCUCGAAGAGUCAAUUCUACCAGCCAUCAACACGCCAAGCUAAGCCCUACCUAAACAAGACUAUUACAGUCAAAUCUUGGGGACUCGUCUGUAUGGAGUAUAAAAACCAAGAAGUUGAAGAAUGGAAUGAACUAGAUGCCUCAUUGCCUUGA